AUCACUGGGCCUGUCACAGAGAAUACGGCCUGAGGGGAGCUUGGAGUUUUUCACGUGGCUUCCCUGGUGCAGCGCUGAAGGACAGAACAAGGACAAUGAUUGCUGGGUGUUGUUAACUCCAGGCCUGCCCCCUCCUUACAGAAAUGAUGUUUCUGUUUGAUACUUCUGAGUUAUUUAAAAAGACAGCGUCACUUAGUUCCUGGGUCAACAUUCUGUUUCUCUUUAUGAAAACUGAAGUUUUGGUGUCACCUUGGAUUUCAGGGUUUUAUAGUUUUCAGACUGCUGUGUCAUGGUGCUUAAGAUUUUCUUCCCUUUCUGCUGCUCCUCAGCUGAAAGUGGCCUCCUGGUCGGGCGAUGGAUUUCGGAACAGAAUUCCGCCGUCAUCUUGGCUGUCAUCCACUUCCCUUUCAUUCCUGGUCAAGUGAAGCAGUAUCUCUUCAAAUUGCAACAUAUGACACAGGUCAAUAUGACUGUGUUGGGUUCCUGGACUAACAGUAAGCAACCCAAAGAAGAGAGUUUGGAAAGGUUCCUGGAAGACCUCGGUGCAAUCUUCUCUCAUGAUCCUUGGGUCCAGCUCAGCAAGGAGAAAGACAGCAAGUUUUGGAGCUGUGUGGCCACUCAGAAACUGUCCGAUAGAAAUGAAGAAGAUGAAAUUGUCUUGAUUUAUUAUGACCAGCGCAAAGUGAUGCUUUCACAGCUUCACCCUCCUCAGUGGUCAAUUGCUUCGAAUGAUCAGAAGACAGUAGAUUCUUCCAGAUUAACUGUUGUGUUUGACACAGUGGCAAAGAGCAAGUUACUGUUCAUGAGAGAUCAAUACGAUGAGGGGCCCAUCAAGCUUACCCACUGGCAGUCAGAAGGCGUAGAAGCUAGUAUUAUUGUGGAACUGUUAAAGCAGGCUUCUGUACCCACAUGUAUGCUGAUAACAUUCCUCCUUUCACUUGUCUCUGGAAUUUGUAAAAGCAGAGCCUUGACCAUCUGGCCACUAUCUUUCAUCUGGAGCAAACUUUCAACAUGCGAGCAACUGGGGCACCGGCUGCAGCACCUCCAAAUCAUCAGCAGUAGCAGAAAAGCUCCAAAUCAGACCCAGCUGAUGAGAAAAGCAAACAUUUUUCUUUCUAUCCUCAUUGAUGUGGCUCUGGGGAUACUGCUAAUGUCAUGGCUGUAUCAGAAAAAUCGUAUUGGACAUCUUGCCAAUGACCUUGUUCCAAUGGCUGAUCAUGUUGCCCAGCAGCUACAAAGCCUCCUGCAGUGGCUAAUGGGCGCACCGGCUGGCUUAAAAAUGAACAGAGCUUUGGACCAAGUCCUGGGCCGAUUCUUCCUCUAUCACAUUCACCUCUGGAUUAGCUAUAUCCACCUGAUGUCCCCCUUUGUGGAGAUGAUCCUGUGGUACGUCGGCUUGUCCGCCUGCCUUGGCCUCACUGUGGCCCUUUCCAUUCUCUCGGACAUCAUUGCGCUCCUGACCUUCCACAUCUACUGCUUUUAUGUCUAUGGAGCAAGACUCUACUGCCUCAAGAUCUAUGGCUUGUCAUCCCUGUGGCGUUUGUUCCGUGGGAAGAAGUGGAACGUCUUGCGACAGCGGGUGGAUUCUUGUUCCUACGACUUGGACCAGUUAUAUAUUGGCACGUUGCUAUUCACCAUCUUGCUGUUUCUCCUGCCAACAACUGCACUGUAUUAUUUAGUCUUCACUUUGCUGCGUCUGCUGGUGGUGGUUGUGCAAGGCUUGAUCCAUUUGCUAGUGGACUUCAUCAAUUCGCUGCCCUUUUACUCCGUCCUUCUUCGGCUCUGCCGGUCCUACAGACUCGCCUCCGGUGUCAAGUUCCGGGUUCUUGAGCAGGAGUCUGGGAAACCUCUUCGGCUUUUAAUGCAGAUCAACCCUCUCCCGUACAGCCACGUGGUACAAACGUACAGGCUCCCAACGUACAGCUGCUACCCAAAGGACUCCUGGGUCUCUCUGUGCAGGAAGCUCUUUGUCGGAGAGUUAAUCUACCCUUGGAAGCAUAAAGGAGAAAAACAGGCAGGCUCAAAAGAGUGAAUAUUGUGAGGAAAAGGCCAUUGUCCAGGCCAUCGCACCUUGAAACCAGCCCUUGCAGAGCGGUAGCCAAAUACACACCUCUUUUGCAAAGAUCUUUGUAGUAACGAUGCUUUCCGGGCCUUUUUCCUGGCCGCCAGUGGAAUUGCCUCCCACCACCUCCAUGAAUUGUUUUUGUAAUGAAAUAUUAUUUCAUCCUGAAUUAUAACUGUGUGCCUAAAAAGCAACAACAGCCAUAACCUCCUAA